AUGGACGCUGACUGGUGGUCGCCGUCGCCGUCGGCUUCACCGCCGCCGCCACCCCGCGCCCCUCCGCCACGCUGUAGAUGUCGCCUUACUCUUUCGAACAGCUACAACUGUUUGCCAAAUUAUGAAGGAUGGCAUGAAGGUGAAGACGAAUCAACCGGUGGAGCUCUACGUGAACGAGAAUUGCGUUCAUUACAUCGCACCGUUCCGGCUUUACGCAGGCGUGAGCUCGACACAAGAGCAAUCAAGCACCAUUUCUACCCUGAAGGGGGCUGGGGCUGGAUUGUUUGCGGUGCGGCAUUUUUGGCUCAUCUUUUAUCCACUGGCUUACAAUUAGCUUAUGGGGCUCUUCAUGUGUACGCUUUAAAACAUUUAGGCCCAGCUGCUGAUCAUGCUGUUUGGGCUGGAGCGAUGUGCGUUGGUGUCUCGCGAGCUGCAGGUGCAUUGGUGGCAGGGCGGAAACGAUCUCCAAGGCUAGCUGCUUUAUUAGGAGGUCUUUUGUUGCCUCUAGCGUGCCUCUUUACUUCUUUCGCUACCCAACUACAUCAAACAUUACUAAGUUAUGGGAUAGUCCUUGGAGUAGGCUGUGGGCUAGUUCGUGAGUCCGCUGGUUUGGUGCUUGGAGCAUACUUUCGUCGGCGUCGACAGUUUGUGGAAUUAGUGGCGCACGCCGGCGGUGGCGUUGGUAUAGCUCUAUUUAGUGUCGCAUAUAAAGAAGCUGUAGGUAAACUUGGAUGGCGAUUGGGAUUGCAAGCAGUGACUAUAGUACUAGUUUUAGCAUUUUUUCUAAGCGCCGUAUAUCGGAGUGCUUCUUUAUACCAUCCUCAGCGGCGAGCUAUUCAACAUCUUAAGAAUCAGAGACGAAAGGUAAAAGAAAAGAAGUUACUAAAAAACGCACCAUUUAUUGAUUUAAGUUCGCUUCGCUCUCGGCCUGCAAAAGUAUUGUCGUUAUCUACAGGUUUGGCAGCGUUUGGUCUCUACACUCCAGUAUUCUUUUUGGCACUACAAGGUUUACAAGAAGGGCUAGAAGAAAGUGCACUGGUCUUAUUGCAAACUUUUUUGGGUUUUGCUGUUGUGCUUGGUUGCGCGGGUUUUGGACUAGUUUUAGUAAGACCAUCAGCACAGUGUCUAGUUUCAAAACAAUAUUUAUGCCAAACAGCUUUGUUAGGUAUAGGAAUUUCAAUGCUCGCGUUAAGUAGCGUCGAAGGUUACCAUGGUUACGUUCUCUUCGCUUGGAUGUACGGUUUAUGUUUAGGGGGAUUUUUAUAUUCGAUAAAAAUGUUAACAAUGGAAAGGGUGCGAGGCCGACAUUUUACAAAAGUGUGGAGUUUUGUCCAAGGAGCGGAAGCACUUCCAGUUAUAGUGGGAGUGCCAGUAACAGGCUACAUAAAUCAACAGGCGCCACGAGCCGGAUUUUAUUUUUCAACGGCUGCAACUUUAGCUGGUGCUUUAAUGCUAUUCUUUGUGGGAUUUUCAAAAAGGGAACCAGAUCCACCAACACCAGCAGCUCCAGCUACUAUUACUGAAGCAUGUGUUUGUAUGACACCACCACGUUGUGAGCCUGCGUGGUGCGCAUGUAGUGCUGGCGGGGCAACAGCAUAUUGCGCAUGGCCUAGUUCUACUUGCACUUCUCGCCUUCCCAAAUCUCUAUCAUAUGCUGCUCCUCUUAACCGCACCUGCUGUUCGGCUGCUAAUUAUCCCGAUUGCUGCCGUCGUUAUGCACUUCGGCCAUCUCGAAGUGUUCCGGAAGGUCUAGCUAAAUGCAGUAGUACGUGGAACCGGUCGGCUUCCUGUAGAACUCCUUGCAAUCGUCGUGAACAUCAUCUCAUAGAACAAAUCACUACGUCUGUAUAA